AUGGCUUCUGUAUGGUUUGUGUUCUUUCUGCCAUUACUUUGUGUAGGAGUUAGAGCUCAACCAGAGAAGACCAAGUUAAUAAGCUUGAAUUCUUCACUUUCCCCUAAAUAUGGCUCCCCUAUAGGAUGGGCUUCACCAUCCGACCUUUUUGCAUUUGGUUUCUAUCCACAAGGCAGUGGGUUUUCAGUGGGAAUAUGGCUGGUCGGUACAGACGAAAACACAGUUGUUUGGACUGCUAAUCGAGAUGAUCCACCUGCCUCUGCAAACGCUAAGCUAUACUUCACAGAAGAUGGAAAGCUUCUCCUACAGACCGAGGAAGGUAGUGAAAUAUCCAUUACUGAUGGGUCAGGUCCUGCAGUCGCUGCUUCUAUGCUUGAUUCUGGUAGUUUUGUGCUCUACGACCAGAAUUUGAGUGUCAUCUGGAACAACUUCAGUUACCCAACUGAUACCAUAUUAGGAGGUCAGAACUUGGACUCUGACAAUAAAAUAGUUUCCAGUGAAUCGAGAUCCAACCACUCUAGUGGGUGGUUUUUCCUCGCUAUGCAGGAAGAUGGAAACCUUGUUUCGUACCCAGUAAAUAGUUCAGCGGAAAGCGAUGACGCCUACUGGAGCUCUGGGACUAGUUCUGCAACUCAGCUGAGUCUCAACACUGAAGGCGCUCUAUACUUGAGCAGUGGGAUGUCAUCGUCGAUCAUACGAACUUUCAGGAACAACUCCAAUCCCAGCAAGAGCAAGACCACCAUAUACCGUGCAACAUUUGAUCCCGAUGGGAUUUUUAGGUUAUACUCGCAUCGUUUUGAGAACAAUGGUAGCUUCAAUGUGUCCAUUGUGUGGUCAAGUUUGAGUGAUCAAUGUGAUGUCAAAGGUUUCUGCGGCUUCAACAGUUAUUGCUCAAACCCUGGUACUAAAGCUGAAUGCCAUUGUUUACCCGGUUUUGCUUUCAACAACCUUAGUGAGAAGAUCCGAGGCUGCUCUAGGAUCUUCAAUGGUGAUGAUUGCAGCAAAAUGAACAAUCAAUUGAUAUCAUACAACAUUACUACUUUAGAAAAUACAGGGUGGGGAGACUAUCCUUAUUACAAGAAAUCAAUGAAGAUGGAAGAAUGCAGCAAGUUUUGCCUGGAUGAUUGCAACUGCGGGGCAGCACUGUAUUGGAAUGGAAAUUGCUAUAAAUAUAAGCUCCCGAUCAGAUAUGGUAGGAUAAAUCGGAAAGAGACUGCUACAGCCUUGUUGAAGGGACAUUUGCAGAGAGUCAAGUCUGCAAACCGUCCCCCACCUGCUCCAAUGAAUACAGAAGUGAAGAUUGAUGGCAAGAAAACUCUCAUUUUAGUUCUUUCUUUAAGUUUGGGUUCCAUUGCAUUCUUGUGUUUGGUCAUUGCAAUCUCCAGUUUCUGGGUAUAUAGACAUCAAGUUUAG